AUGGAAUUCACUGAUGAUUCCAAGGAUGAAGAACAAGAUGACGAUCAGACUAAUGCAUCUGAGGUACGUACAUCGUUGUCUGCACCUAUCCUAUUAACACAUAUCUCUAAUUCUUCUGAUAAUUCCAAGGAAGAGGCGUGGUUUGAUGAAGAUAUGUAUUUUAAUGAGGUGAAUGGUGAUAAUACAGACAAUGUUGAUAGAAUCAAAAUGCCAUCAAAUGCUUCAAUAACGAAAGGUAAGGCAAAUGGCUAUGAUAAUGAUGUGCAUUUUGAUGAAGAGGGUUUAAAGGAGGAAGAAGGAGAAUCUUAUAAUACUAAGUCAGAUGGCGACAACGAUUCUAGUGAUUCUGAAAAAGAGAUACCAGAUAAAUCAGACUCGUAUAAUGACGAUAAAGAGGGUAUGAACGAUGCUAAUAUAUUCAGUGAUAGCACAAAUAAAACAAUUACUGGUGAUUUCACUUGUUCUGAUAAUGAUGAACCAGGCUAUUACUAUGAUUUAAGUAGUGGAAAAAAAACUUAUAAAAAUUCAGAUCGUUUAAUUGGCGCAUAUUAA